AUGGCGGGUCAGCCGUACCUGCUGCAGGGUCAUACAGUGGCGUUAUUGCUGAUCAUCGCAUUUUUUUGCCUGAAGCGAAUUCCAGAAGAGGACAGGGCGCGCCGCGUAGUCCUCUUGUACGUCGUUCGUGCUAUGGAGAAUAUCGAUGCACCGCCUGCGAACCUCGAUAUCAUGCGACAUCGUCUUCGCAUAGCACUGAGUCCUUUCUCUAAAACGUACCAUGAGCUUGAUGCGCACAUAAAAGCCCAAUUUGACAUGUUGGAGAGCGUGGAUGGACUUAUGCAGCUAUUUGGUGAACAACUUAACGAUUGUAUGCACAUGAUCGGCGAUCCAAAUCCUGGCUCUCAAGCUGAAUUUUCCCUCCUUCACCGGCGCUCGUAUGUUGGCCUGUACGUGCGCCGCGCUUCCUUCCAAUUUGCCAUGAUGCUCGAGCACGAACGCAUGCAAUUACUGCAGCUGUGUCGCGCAUGGCGCGAUGGCGAUGCGCAUGCCGUGGUAGACAGGUGGCGUACGAGUGCUCAGGCGCAUGCAUACUACAUGUGGCGCGAGAGUGCGCGCCGUGGCGAAUACGUCAUCCUCAAGGAGAAUUUGCAUGCUUUUUUUAAUUAUACCCUCCCUGGUUGUGACCGAGACUUGCAUCAACACGCACUAUUGAACUUGGCCCACUUUCAUACGCAGACACAGGGAUAUCAGGCAGCACGUACUGUGCUGGAUGAGGCGAUCCUGCUUGCUCGUACUGUGGGCGAUACCGAAUGCAUUCGAGCAUGUGACCACCUGCUAGAUCAGCUGUCGUAUCUGGAUCCACGACCGCACCAGGCUGGUCUGCUGACACAACAAGAUGCGCAAGAAUCGCUCCAAUGUGGGGCGUAUGCGCCAUUGGCCCUGUGGAAGGCCGACAUGGACCGGCAACAAGGUCGUCCCCUCCUCGACAUCAUCCAGCGCAUCUAUGAUACCACGUGGAAACCACGGCCGCCCAUCCCAACGACGCAGCCAGAGUGGGAGCCGCGACCUAGUAUUGAGCGAUGUGCCGCGUGCCCCUCGGCCAUCCUAGCACGCACAUGGCUUCAACUUGGCGUACCUCUCGUAGCCGAGGUGUACAUGGCUCAUGUACGUCGGCUCGGCUCGUUCCGCCCGGAGCAUUGGGACGAGCUUGUUGUCGACACGGCUAUUACAAGAGCAUUCCGUGAAACGGAGCGUGGGAUGUAUGAUCAGGGAGUGUCUGCGCUCCUAGAGCCAUCUGUGCUGCGCCAGGUAACCUCGUUAGCUCUGCAUCAACGUUGGCAGGAUGCCAUCUGGCAGAUUCUGUAUACGCGCGCACGGCGACAGAGCCAUACGUCCAUGCUUCGACGCAUCAAGGCGCUGAGCCCACACGUGGGUGAAUGGUAUACGCCUUUGCCCUCGCCCACCCAGCGAUCGGCAUGCGAUUGGCUCGAAGAGGCUCAGAACAUGAUCCAGGCGCGACAGCCACACCAGGGGCUCGAGGCUCUGAUGAGGGCAUUGGCUGCCAGUGAGGCGCGGCAGCUGUAUCCGCUUCGACGCACAUGCCUCGCGGUCCUGGCUGACGUGAUGGUGCUAUCUCUUGGCAUGCCGUCGGAAGCCCGUGCGCUCCUGGACGAGAUUCUGCCACAGGCGCUCGCGGAUGAGAAUGGCGAGCGUCGUGCGUACGUGCACUUAGUCGAGGCCAAGUACUUUAUCUCCACGAAAGACUUAUACCAAGCUCGCAUGUCUCUUCGACGCGCCGCCCUAGACUAUGAGCGCACCGAGACGUGGAAAGACUUGGCCUCGUGUCUGUACAUGGAAGCCCGUGUCGCGCACGCACUGCACGACGCUGACCAUGACGACGUACAGGCUCGGUACGAGCGUGCGCAAGCGCAGUAUGAUGCGGCGCUCGUCGCGCCGUGUCCAUCGACCCUCGACGCAUGGGUGCAGUUGGUUCGCCGGCUAGGCGCCUUUAGCCGGCGCCGUGACACAUAG